AAAAACUCCGGGCUGCUUCAAUUAUGACAUCAGUUAGCUGACAAUUUGUAGAGGCACUCCCACGAAAGGAAGAUCCAAACGAUUUGAGAUGGCAGCUAAGUUUUUUGCCCUGCUGUCUCUGGCACUCUUGUCCGCUGGCCAAGCGGAGUACAACUACAACGAGAACUCGGCAAAGGCGGCCAGUGCAUCCAGUUCUGGCGAGGAUUUCCUGAGCGACUACCACACGCCCAGCAACAAUGCCCUGAAUUCGGAGGCCACGCCCGACGGCUAUGACUAUGUGGUGCCCACCAGGAAUCAGUUCGCCGCCGGCAGCCGUACGGCCAGUGUCCAGGCCUCCAAUCUUCUCCAGAAUGCGGCCAGUGCCGCCAAUGCCGAGUCCGUGCUGCUGCCCUCGCCGCUGCCCGUACUCCGCAACGAGCAGAACUCGGAGGUGGUUUUAUCGGCGCAGCAGCCGGAGCAGCAGAUCGUUCCAUCCAUUCAGCACCAGCACUCGAAUCCGGUGGUAGUCGCCUCCGUUCUUCGCCAGCACCAGGAGCCUGAGGUCUUUCCGCCCGCCAGCUACAGCUUCAACUAUGCCGUGAACGACGAGAGCACCGGCGACAUUAAGGAGCACAGCGAGACCCGGGAUGGCUAUGUGGUGCGCGGAUUCUACAGCCUCGUCGAUCCCGAUGGCUACAAGCGCACCGUGACCUACACGGCGGAUGAUGUGCAUGGCUUCAAUGCCGUGGUCAACCGGGUGCCCUAUGCCCUCAAGACGGUGGUUGUUCCCGUGGCCCAGGUGGCCCAGCCCACUCCAUUUGUGGCUCGGGAUGAGCGCUCCAAGUCGGUGGCUGUCAUUCGAUCCUCGGGAGCAGCAGCUGCGCCCGGAACUGUCCUGCGAUCGGGAGCUGUUGCCGGUGCCGGCUCAUCCUCGGGCACCGCAUCCGGAGCCGGAUCCGGAGCCGGAUCCCGGGUGGCCAACACCUUCGCUGAGGACAGCUACGCCAAUGCCCCGCGAGGCCUGGACGCCUCCGGCGGUCCUUACGCCUGAGUCCUGCUCGUGGGCUACGCACUCCUUGUAUAUUCCUUCAUCGUGCUUCAUCUACUGCUAGUUUUUUUAAAAAUAAAUACCAAUCGUUGACCAUA